CUAUCGACAAGAUCGGGUCGUUUACAGUAAACGGUUUACUGUUUCAUAUACUUUUGAUAAACGCCUGCAAAGCAGCGAAGGUGUCCUUCGCUGCUUUGCUGAGAUAAUCCUUGUAAAUAAUCUCCUCGCAAGAAAUCCCGGAUAUGAGCAUAAUUGUUGAGGCGAGGAAUGAGCUGCAGAUCAUCCUUCAGAUAAUCAUAUGAAUUACAGCCGCUGCAUCUGCUCAUAACCGCGCCCCAAUCAAACCAGCUCCUGGUCCAGCUCCACUCCGAAUGCUCAAUGUGCACUUCAAUAACUUAUCACCCGGAAGACGAUAUCUUCAAAACAUUGCCCUAAUUCAUCUUUUGAAACCAAAGUUUGUCCCGUCCACGGUAUUAUAGCACUGUUUUUUCUCAUGUUAUAAUCUGACAGAAAAUUAAGCUUCAACUGACAAAUACAGUACCUUACAGUAAAGCAUUUGAUUUGUUGCUGCUUAAAUUGAAGAGUUGCAAAUUAAUCUGAUUGGACAAUGUGAUUUAAAAAGGUUACUGCAGCUCUUGCAACUGGAAACUGUGCAGAUCCGCAUUUAAAGCUGCUGAAUGCAUAGUAUGAUCUUAUCAUGAUGCCGUUCUGGAAAACGGAAUAACGGGAUUAAAAAGCGACUUUAUCUGUUUAUCCUUUCCUCUUACUGUUUACAACAUGGUUAAGCCCACCAUUGCCGUGCUACUAUUCUUGAUAGAGUCGUUAUUAAAGGGCUGUUCCGCACUGAAUCAAGCGACGGUAUAUCCGGAAAUAACCUGCUAUCAAUGCGAUUCCCUUUUGAACAAUAUGUGCGACAACAAUCCCAAAGCCGGCAACCUGGGCCCCAUGACUCUGGGGGCGUUCAGAUUCGACGAGGAGCGGGCGUGGUACGGUGGGGGCAUGGUAUUCCGCUGCAGCCCUUCUGCUACACCUAUAUCGCGCAAAUCCGCAUGCCCGACGGCCGGAAUGUCAAUCCGUUCGGGCGGGGUGCAGUUUAUUUCGGUGCACCCAAUCCCCCGGCGUGCUUCGAGGAUACGCUGCAGAACGGAACCGUGGAGAUCAUUGUACGGUAUAUCUUCUGCCCCACAUCGUACUGUAACACCAUCACCAAGACCCAGCUGGCCCAGCAGUGCUUCAGUGGGGAUGCACUCCGAUCCCUUCAGAAUAGCACGGGUGCAGCUGUGAGGCCGACCAUAUCGCAUCACCGGAUGCUUCCAGGGAUGGUUCUAUUAUUUCUUAGCGCAGUCCACGGAAUAUCUUCUUCGGUUGUUGGGAUAGCAGCGGCGCUCGUGGUGAGCGUUUUGCCCUAUGUGCCAUACAUCCAAGCCCAAUCGCCAGUACUGAAGUGCUACGCUUGCCAAGAUGGUUUCUAUGCCACCGCCAUGGCGGACGGAACGGCUCAGAAGAACUGCUACGACUCGGCCAUUCUGCUAGGCCCGGCACAGCAGGUGGACUGCCCCGACAAAUACCAAUACGCACCGGACGGGCAGCGGCUGCUGGCCAAGCAGAAGGGCUACUGUGCGACGUGGAUCAAGGAGCGGGAUUUUGGGGACGGACUAUUCUAUGUCAUGGAGCGCGGGUGUGUGUACCCGGCCGGUGUGCCCGAUGACUGCCUGCGCGUCAAUGGAGAUCGCCGGUUCUUGACGAGCAACGGUAGCGUGGUGUUGGCCCGCAUACGCUGGACCGUGCAGUACUGUGCGGAUAAAAAUUACUGCAAUAAUAUGGAGUUUCCGGACCUGGUGAGCAAAUGCUACAGCAAUGUCUACGCCGGCGGUGCGACUGCCGCGCUUCCGGUGACGAGGAAUUUUAGCAACACCGACUUCGCACGCUACACAACCCCGUCGUUUCUCGAAUCCAAUGCCACCAUGCCACCGUUGCAAGACACGGUCUACAUCCAGGCUCAGGUUAUUAUCGCUAAAAUGAAAUCAGGGGAUACCGCCGACCUCAACAUCACCCGUGCUAACGGGCAGACGCGGCAUCGCGCUGCCAGCCAGAGCGUUGUGGAAUUGAUCCUGGUUAUGAUGUUACCAGUGACAAUAUUACAGCUGUUAGCUGGACAUCGUGCAAUGCGAUGAGAAUUACAGCGCUAGAAUAAUGGUCGCAGUGGGCCGUCGCGUCGGCUUUCACGGCUGGACGGCCCCGUGUAUUGUGGUGGGCGUCGCCCGUUUUUCCUGUGAGUUUCUGUCACUAAAUUUCUUCCGUGUUGAGCGGUUUGACAGUCCGUUCUUGUGUAUCCGCCCGUUUGCUGUUACUACAAAGGCUGGCUGAAGGUUGUUCAUUAACUGCAUAUUUUGACUUACGUGUUGACACUUCUGUGUUAAAUUUUUAAAUUUGGAUUACCGUCAACAGGCCUGAAGUGUCACAAUGCUGUUGUCGUCGAAAUAAAAAUUUGUUUGUG